ACCAAUUACCAAUACUGUACUACAGUCUAUAAGAUAAGUAUUUAUACAGUAAAACAUUAUACCAAUUACCAAUACUGUACUACAGUCUAUAAGAUAAGUAUUUAUACAGUAAAACAUUAUACCAAUUACCAAUACUGUACUACAGAAUAUAAGAUAAGUAUUUAUACAGUAAAACAUUAUACCAAUUACCAAUACUGUACUACAGUCUAUAAGGUAAGUAUUUAUACAGUAAAACAUUAUACCAAUUACCAAUACUGUACUACAGUCUAUAAGAUAAGUAUUUAUACAGUAAAACAUUAUACCAAUUACCAAUACUGUACUACAGUCUAUAAGAUAAGUAUUUGUACAGUAAAAAUUUAA